UUUUAUUAUUGUUCAUACUUCAGAGUUCAGUUCAGAUUUCUUGAAUCUUGUCUUGUUUUGUAAUUACCAAAUAUUAGUGAUUUCGUUUAAUUCAAAACAAGGUUUCCAAUUUUUAAUUUGUAUUUUAAAAUAUCUUUUACAUGUUACAACUUACAAGUAACGAAGUAACACUUUUCUAUUCUUAUGAAAUGCUUUUCCAGUAAAUUCAAGUUUCAGUUGCAAUAUUAUGAACACAUAUGUAACCCCCACGUAUGUUGUGUUUGAUAGAUGAACUAUGAAUUCACUGAGAGAAUCGUCCGUUUGUUAAUGGAAGUGUCUACUUUUUUUUUUUUGAAAUGUUUUCAUAACWACUUUAAUUGGACGUUUUAAAUUUUGGUGCGAUUUUGUGCGAAAAUAUGGUCGAAGAAAAUCGAACAGGUUUUGGGCAAGUGGACAUCGUUGAUGAUGACAAUAUGGUCCGAUUGCCGCGGCAGCGUAUUGUCGAUAUGUAUAAAAACGCGAUGUCGCGCGUUCGCGUUUUAGAAGCAAAGGCGAACGAAGCGUCAAUAUGUAUUAGGUGUAACCUAUUGUGUGACAAGAAAGAGCGAACAGACCAAGAAUUUCGCAAAUUAGUUUUACGUGAAAAAUGUUUACUAAGAAAAUUGACUAUUAAAGAACAAGAAAUACAAGAUUAUGCUGCACAAUUAUCUGCAAUGCGAAAUUCAAUUCAAAACAAUUCAUUAUCUUCACUCAAAUGUUCGUUACAAGAUCCAGCAGUAAAUCUGUUGAUUCAAAGAUUGCGACAAGACUUAUGUGCUACAAAAAUUAGACUAGAAGAAACCCAAAGAGAACUUUAUACUUUUAUUUUAUUUUUAUUAGAAUUGGAUGAAUUUUUACAAGACUUAGAUGAAGAUGUAGAAGGAAUGCAGAGUACGAUAUACUUCUUACAGAAUGAACUUCAAAAAUGUAAAGCUUCUGUUCAGAGUACAAACAAUACUGAAAACAAAGAAACUAAUCCAAAAUCGAUUGUUAACGGUAUUAAAAAAGAUGAAGAUACUACAACUGAGACAUUAACAAAAUCAAAAACUGAAAUACCAUCUCGAUUGGUCAAAACUAAUUCUGAUAAUAAGUCAAAUAAACACAGCAAACCAAAAGAUUCAAAGCAAUUAAAUGAUGAUAUAAGUAAUAAGCCCAAAGUAAAAAAAAUACGACCAGCAACAGUAGAAGGUACAGAUCAAAGUGAGCAACUUCCUAAAGUACAUAAAAGCAAGCACAAAUCAGAUGAUACUAAAACUGAUGAUAAAAGAAAAAAGUCUGAAAAAAGGGCCCAUAGCAAAGAUGAAAUAGUUCAUAAAAAAUCAAAAAGUGAGCUUCCCAAGAAUAUUGAAGUUAAGACUCCUGUUGAAGUAAUUAAUGGACUACCAAAUGGUUCAUAAAUAUUGUUAUUUUAAUGUUAAUUUUCUUUUAUCGAUGUUUAAUUGUUGAUAGAAAAUAUCUAUUGAAUUAUUUUCCAACGUUAUUUUUUUAUAUUAAGGUUUGAAUAA